AUGGAAUUGGAUGGAAGCAUUGAAAUGCCAGAACAAAGCCAAACAACAUUGACUUCUUCUACUACGAACGACGAAGAAACGAAUGAACAGCAAAACUCUUUUGAAAGUGUUGAUAAUGUAAGAGAAGUCGCACAAGAACCCGCGGGUGAAUCUGAAUUGACGUUUCCAACGCAUAUGGAUGAAGAUUUGCCCAGAACUGAAAGUUGUUUAUUACGAAAGUCAAAAAAGGUAGCAAAAUACAUCAGCGCUUUGAUCAUUUUCGGGAUUAUGCUUCUGGGACCUGUUGUAUCAGAGUUUACACUUCUUGUUCUUGGCAACGCAUAUACACAAGACUACAGCGAUAGCAGAUGCCCAUACGUGAAAGAAGGUCGAGAUCAACAAUACAAUUAUCCUAGGUAUAUGGUCAUGUUGAUAUUAAUGAGCUGUCUCUGUUUUGCUGAUGUGCUAUCACUUCUGUACAGCUUGUGGAACGUUAUAAAGACGAGAAAAACAAGAAAAUGCAUCAAAUGGAAGAUUUGUUUUCUAGGGUUGCUGCCAGAAAUACUAAAUGCCGUCGGUUUGACAUUCUUUGUUCUAGAAAUAAUCCCCAAUGUUGACGCAACUUUAGUAAGCUUGAUGUUCCCAAUUGUUUCACUAGUGCCAGCUUUUAUACAAGUCAUAACGGAAAAUUGGGAAGAGCCUGAUAUUAUACAAGGAAACGAUGAAGGAGCAGGCAGACGAAACAGACGCAAUUUUAUUAUUGGCAUUGUUGCUGUAAUUUUACUUCUUAUUGGUUACGUUGUUAUAUGCUAUUUGGUAUAUCAACAACAGAAACUCAACGGAGACGUACAUAAUACACUCGCUUAUACAGCUUUAUCUGCGAAAUAUCCUGAGAUAAAGGCGUUUAUCAACUGGAAAACAACUUAUCAAUCAGUUUACUGGUAUCAGAUGCUCGGAAUUGUUGUCAUUGGAUUCCUUCCAGGAUUCUUUGGCUUCAUAUUUGUUACUCGUCAUUUGAGAAAAGCAAACGAUAUUAAACUGAAAAUACUCCAUGAGUAUCAUAAAAAGCUUGGUGAACAAGACAACGAAUCAAGAAAUAAAAGAGACAUUUUUGAAUACGAGGUUCAUAUUUUCUUCGAUGACGCCCUGGAUCAAAGUGGAGAAAUAAACAGUUACGUUAAAUGUCUAUUGGAAUCAAUUUCUAAAGCUGCAAGUAAAAUCAGAAGAUUAGAAAACAAUCUACGUUCGAAAAUACUCGAUACACCAUACGGAGGUCGCAUAAAAGUAUUCAACAACAGUACCAAUACUGAGCUUAUUACCAUCCACUUGAAAGAUAAAUCCAGAAUAAGAAACGGCAAGCGAUGGUCGCAGUGCAUGUACAUGUCAUAUCUGUUGAAGUAUUUGCCCAUAACUACUCCAAGCGCUCACCCCAAAGAAGAUACAUUUAUACUUGCACUUGACGGAGACGUCGACUUUCAACCAGAUUCUUUAACAUAUUUACUAGAUCAAAUGAAAAUAGGUGGAAAUGUAGGGGCUGCGUGUGGUAGAAUACAUCCUAUUGGCAGCGGUCCUGUCGUAUGGUUUCAAAAAUUUGAGUACGCCGUUGGCCACUGGUUGCAGAAAACUACUGAAGAUGUUCUUGGAUGCGUUUUAUGUAGUCCUGGAUGUUUUAGUUUAAUAAGAUCUUCGGCACUAUUGACAUCAAAUGUUGCUGGUAGUUACACGGAGAUUUCGAAAAACGCCAAGCAAAAGUUACAACGGGAUCAAGGUGAAGACAGAUGGUUGUGUACAUUGUUGCUGAAAGCUGGAUACAAGAUAGUAUAUUGUGCUGCGUCAGAUUCUUUCACAUACGCCCCGACUACCCUUAAAGAAUUAUUCAGACAGAGGAGACGGUGGGGUCCGUCGACAAUGGCAAAUGUUCUUGAUGUUUUGCUGUGUGCAAAAUUAGUUAUAAGAAAGAAUAAUUCCAUAACCAUGGUGUAUAUCAUUUAUCAGCUGCUUCUAAUGGCUGCCACUCUCUUGGGCCCAGCAACCGUGAUUCUAGUUAUUCAGGGAGCAUUUCAAUUUGUAUUUGGAAUGAGCGAAGUUGGAGGAUUAUUAUUGGCCUUGAUACCAGUGAUAAUCUACGUGAUUAUCUGUUAUACAACAAGCUGUGAUUUUCAAAUCAUUGUUGCACAAAUAUUAACCGUUUUGUAUGCUUUUGUAAUGAUGUCUGUUCUAGUUGGAGUUGUAGCACAAAUGGUUGACAAUAAAAAUUAUUCUCAAGAUCUACACUUUUCAAUUUAG